CCAUUUUAACACCAUUGCAGUGGAUAAUAUUAGAGAGAAUACUUAGUUUGAUAAUUGGUAAGCUUGAAACAAGAAGAAGAAGAAGAGCUAUAUGGCGGUAGAAGAGGCUGUUGUUUCUUUUGUGAUUGAAAGGCUUGGAGACUUUCUCAUAAAUGAGGCCAAGUUCUUGUAUGGAGUCAAAGACCAAGUCAAGAAUGCAAAGAUCAAGCUGCAAUGUAUGAGGGCUUUCUUGAAAGAUGCAGAUGCUUUUGUGAGAAAUGGCGAUGAGAGAGUAAGUCUUUUGGUUGUCCAAAUCAGAGAAAAUUCUUAUGCCUUGGAGGAUGUUAUCGAAACUUAUGUCUUCAAAGUGGCUUCUUCUAAUCAUGGAACUAUCAGACGUGCACUGAAAUGGUGUGUUAGCAUUGUUGAUGUGUAUAGAGUUGGAUCAAAGAUAAAGGAGAUCUCAUCCAACAUUGAUACUUGGACGUUGCAAUUAGAAAGAUUUGGAGUACAGAAAUCAAUAGACAAGGCUGAUGAAGCUUCAUCAAGCUAUGUCCAAGAGCGAAGACAGUUGAGGCAAGCUUAUUCUUAUAUUGAAGACAACCAUGUUGUUGGAUCGAUAAAGACAUUGAAGAGUGUAGCCCUUUUGACUGAAAAAGAGAACCCUCAUAAGCAUAAGGCAAUUUCGAUAUGUGGGAUGGGUGGUUUGGGGAAGACUACUCUUGCAAGAAAGGUUUAUCAACAUCCUCAAGUCAGAGAACAUUUUGAUUGUUAUGCUUGGGCCUCAAUAUCUCAGCAAUGUAACAGACGAGAAGUCUUGGAGGGAAUUUUACUUGGUUUCACUUCUCCUACAGAUGAACAAAGAAACCACAUAAAAAACUUGAGUGAUGUUGAAUUAGCCAAGAAGCUUUAUGACUUUCAGAAAAAGUGGAAGUGUUUGGUGCUUCUUGAUGAUAUAUGGACUACUACAACUUGGGAUCUUCUAAAACAUGCAUUCCCUACUACUCAAGGAGAUACACAUAGCAAGAUCCUACUCACUACUCGGAAUAAGGAUGUAGCUUUGCAUGUGGAUCAACAUGGUUUCAUCCAUGAACCUCAUUUGCUCAAUGACAAGGAGAGUUGGGAGCUGUUUCAGAACAAGUACUCAUGUGUUGGAACAGAUCCAUCAGGUAACAUUCAUAUCACUCUUUCUAAUUCAAUGAUCAUAAUAUUCCUUUUUAUCUUUGCUACCAUUUGUAGAUGUCCCUAUUUGUUCAUUUUCACCGGAUAUAUAAAUUCAGACUCAAAUGAUGAUGAAGAAAGGAAGAAAGAACUAGCUGUAGAGAUGCUUAAGAAGUGCUCUGGUCUACCAUUAGCCAUCAUUGUGCUUGCUGGACUUCUAUCUAAGAAACAUACCAUACAUGAUUGGGAGCUGAUAAAACGAAAUGUAACUCGUUGCAUAGGUCAAGGUGAUCAACAACAUGAUGUUGACUCGAGAUACCGUAGUGUUUUGUGGGUGUUAGGUUUGAGUUACAGUGAGUUACCAUCUCACUUAAAGCCUUGUUUUUUGUACUUGGCUCGUUACGCUGAAGAUGUCACAAUAAGAGUAAAAGAGUUAUGUCAAAUACUCAUAGCAGAAGGUUUUAUAUCAUCACAAGAAAGUGUAAUAGAAACUUUAGAGGAUGUGGCAUAUGAUUGGUUAAGUGAGUUGGUGGAGAGGAGUAUGAUUCAGGUAAAAAAAAUGAGUUCAACAGGAAGAAGGAUAAAAUCAUUUGGCGUUCAUGAUCUCAUGCGAGACUUGUGUCUGUCUAAAGCUCAAGAUGAAAACUUUCUGCAUUUUAUUGAUUGGAGGAAUAAAAGGGAAGAACCAAAAGCAACAAAUGUAAGAAGGGUUUCCAUCUAUAACAAUGACAGGACAAAUUAUGAUUUUAUUCAUAUGGUUGGAAAUGUAGAUGGCUCUCUCAGGUUCCUUACUGCAGAUGGUCGGGGAAUGAAUUUUGCAAUAGAUCAAAGAGUAUUAAGACAUGUAUGCAAUCACUUUUUGAUGCUUAGAGUUUUGAUUAUUAAUGGUCAGCAUCGGGAUGGCUUUACCAUGAAGUUACCUAAAGAAAUUGGGAAUCUAAUCCAUCUAAGGUUAUUACGUAUUCCUUAUUGGCAGAUUGAAAAGAUUCCAUCUUCUUUUGGCAAUUUAAGAUGCCUGCAGACUUUGAGAGUAUGGACUAAGAGUGAUAAAAUACCAAAUUCAUUGUGCAAGUUGCAAAGGUUGAGGCAUCUGCAUUUUUUGACUCCAGUUAGUGGUGUAGAGUUUGGUAAAUUCUUGAGAUCAACUAAAUCUAGAAAUAUACAGACAUUAGGAUAUAUUUCUACCAAAGAUCUUGUUCUGAGUGAUUUUCUACAGCUGGAGAGUAUCAAGAAAUUGAAAAUUAGUAUAGAUGGAAAUCUUGACACAUUCUUACACAGUCCACAAACAAUCAUCACAUUCACUUGUCUUCUUACUUUCCAAGUGGUAAAUAGUACUGGCAUCAAGAUAGAUAUUGUUCCUCUGAUAUUAAGUUGUCCUCAGAUUUAUAAACUUAGAGUGAUGUCGCCUAUAGUAAGAUUGCCACAAGUCAACCAAUUCUCCCCAAAUCUCAUCAAGUUAAGUUUGGAAAAGCUCAAACUGGAGGAUGAUCCAAUGCCAACAUUAGAAAAGCUGCCAAAAUUAAGAAUCCUUGUCAUUGGUUAUGAAGCCUAUAUGGGGGAAGAGAUGGUGUGCUCAAGUGGAGGUUUCAAUCUACUUGAAUCUUUUAUACUUACUUCUGUAGGAAGAUUAAAAGAGUGGAAGGUGGAGAAGAGUGCAUUGCCUAGGCUUCGCUAUUUGCAUAUUGGUAACUGCACAAGAUUGAGAAGUAUUCCAGAUGGAGUAAGAAACAUUGUUACACUCAAUGAGAUGGUCAUAUCUUGUAUGCCUAAGAAAUUCAAAGAAAGGAUGGAAGAAGGAGGAGAAGAUUUCUAUAAAGUCAAGCACGUGCCAUCCCUUGUUUUUGACUACUGUCAUUGAGGUUCAUAUCUAAUUAUCUAUCUAUCUUGUGUUGUUCCAUUCCUUUUUUUGCUAUGAUUAUAUUAUGUUACUUAUUUACUUAUGCAUUUUCUGUAUUGGGACUAUUAUGAAUGAAUGCAGAUUGAGAGGAUUAUGCAUUUUGAGGAUUCAAUACAAUUAGUGUGUCUUUUAAUUUCAUCACUCUUUUUAAUUUUAAUAUAUGUGAAUAAAUACAAAACUCAUAAGAGUGCAAUAUUAUCACAAUAAACAAAGCUUAUACCAGAUAAUAAGAUGGUGAGGGACAUGGUGGAUCACUCACUUCAACAACACCUUCAAGCAUUUGAACAACUCUUCUCAUAUUUGGUCUAAGUGAUGGAUUUUCUUGAACACACCACAUAGAUAUCAUCACCCAAAACAAAAUCUUCAUAAUCCACAAGAACAUCCAAUGACCCUUCUCUAAAACAAUCAUAAGCCCAAUCUGUCAAGAUCUCUUUCCCAUCCUCACCAAUCCCCAUAUCCACAUUUCUUCUACAACAAACAAUCUCAAGUAACACCACUCCAAAGCUAUACACAUCGACUUUCGAAGUAAUGGCCAUGUUGUUCCUAAACCACUCUGGUGCAGCAUACCCUUUUGUCCCACUAAUGGUUGUGUGUGUAUGGCUUUGAUUCAUCAUCAGAAGUUUGGCCAAACCGAAAUCUGAUAUCUUGGGAUUGCUGUACUCAUCAAGAAGUAUGUUCUAAGGCUUUAUAUCACAAUGAAUGAUUUGACUCAUACACUCUUCAUGUAAAUAUAAGAGCCCUUUUGCAAUUCCUAAAGC